AUGGCGUCAGACGGGAUGAUUUUAACGAACCACGACCACCAAAUCCGGGUCGGAGUCUUGACAGUGAGUGACAGCUGUUUUCGAAACCUUGCAGAGGACCGCAGUGGCGUCAACCUGAAAGAUCUCGUCCACGACCCCUCCCUGUUGGGGGGUAUGAUCUCGGCCUACAAGAUAGUGCCAGAUGAGAUAGACGAAAUCAAGGAGACUCUGGUGGACUGGUGCGAUGAAAAGGAACUUAACCUCAUCCUAACCACCGGAGGCACCGGCUUCGCCCCGAGAGACGUCACACCAGAGGCCACUAAGGAGGUGAUAGAGCGCGAGGCUCCAGGGAUGUCUCUUGCGAUGCUGAUGGGAUCCCUCAACGUCACACCGCUAGGCAUGCUUUCCAGACCUGUGUGUGGUAUCCGAGGGAAGACGCUCAUCAUUAACUUACCAGGAAGCAAGAAAGGCUCCCAGGAAUGCUUUCAGUUCAUCCUGCCGGCGCUGCCACACGCCAUCGACCUUCUGCGGGAUGCAGUGGUAAAGGUAAAGGAGGCGGCAGACGAGCUGGAGGACCUGCCGUCGCCACCACCGCCCCUCUCGCCGCCGCCCAACAGUUCGCCACGCCGGCAGACAGAAGACAAGGGCGUGCAGUGCGAGGAGGAGGAUGAGGAGAAGAAGGACAGCGGUGUAGCGUCCACCGAGGACAGCUCCUCCUCCCACAUCACCGCAGCAUCCAUCGCCGCCAAGAUCCCAGACUCCAUUAUGUCGCGGGGUGUGCAGGUGUUGCCCAGGGAUACAGCCUCUCUCAGCACCACGCCCUCGGAGUCGCCCCGCGCCCAGGCCACCUCCCGCCUCUCUACCGCCUCCUGUCCUACACCCAAAGAGGUACGCUGUCAGGCCACGGAUGAGUUUAGGGGGGUUGCCUGUCGUAGUGGAUGCCUGUCUCUCCAGUGUAGGUUGGAGGGGCUUAAAGAUGAUCGCAGGAGGACCUUCAGCUCUCGAGUGCAGUCACGAUGCAGCAGCAAAGAAAAUAUCCUAAGAUCAAGUCACAGUGCAGUGGACAUCACCAAGGUGGCCCGGAGGCACCGCAUGUCCCCCUUCCCCCUCACCUCCAUGGACAAGGCCUUCAUCACUGUGCUGGAGAUGACCGCCGUCCUGGGCACUGAGAUCAUCAACUACAGAGAUGGGAUGGGCCGAGUCCUGGCUCAGGACGUUUAUGCCAAAGACAACCUGCCACCCUUCCCUGCUUCUGUCAAGGAUGGUUAUGCUGUGAGAGCGGCUGAUGGCCCAGGCGACCGCUUCAUCAUUGGAGAGUCCCAGGCAGGAGAGCAGCCUACCCACACAGUGAUGCCUGGCCAGGUGAUGAGGGUGACGACGGGUGCCCCUAUCCCAUGCGGGGCCGACGCUGUAGUCCAGGUGGAGGACACCGAACUCCUCCGCGAGUCUGAAGACGGCACAGAGGAGCUGGAGGUACGAAUCCUUGUACAGGCUCGUCCAGGGCAGGACAUCAGGCCUAUCGGUCAUGACAUUAAGCGCGGGGAGUGUGUGCUUGCAAAGGGCACCCACAUGGGCCCAUCUGAGAUUGGUCUCCUGGCCACUGUGGGAGUCACAGAGGUGGAGGUCCAAAAAUUCCCCGUGGUGGCCGUCAUGUCCACAGGAAAUGAGCUGUUGAACCCAGAAGACGACCUCCAUCCUGGGAAGAUCAGGGACAGCAAUCGCUCAACCCUGCUGGCCACUAUCCAGGAGCAUGGCUACCCCACCAUCAACCUGGGCAUCGUGGGAGACAACCCCGAUGACCUUCUCAACGCUCUGAAUGAAGGCAUCAGCCGUGCUGAUGUCAUCAUCACCUCAGGAGGAGUGUCCAUGGGAGAGAAGGACUACCUUAAGCAGGUGCUGGAUAUUGAUCUUCAUGCUCAGAUCCAUUUUGGUCGUGUUUUCAUGAAACCAGGUCUCCCGACAACAUUUGCCACCUUGGACAUGGAUGGUGCUCGCAAGCUAAUCUUUGCCCUCCCAGGAAACCCCGUGUCCGCUGUUGUCACCUGUAAUCUUUUUGUCAUCCCUGCCUUGAGGAAGAUGCAAGGCAUUUUGGACCCUAGGCCCACCAUCAUUAAAGCAAGGUUGUCUUGUGACGUGAAGCUGGACCCUCGCCCUGAAUACCACCGCUGCAUUCUGACAUGGCAUCACCAGGAGCCUCUGCCGUGGGCACAGAGCACAGGGAACCAGGUGAGCAGCAGGCUGAUGAGCAUGCGCAGUGCUAACGGGCUCCUGAUGCUACCUCCGAAAACAGAGCAAUACGUGGAGCUGCACAAGGGCGAGGUGGUCGACGUCAUGGUCAUCGGCCGGCUAUGAUGUCAUCACAGAGGGACGGAGUGUCGGCGUCAUAUAGCGAGGGUUGGAAUGGGUGGUUCACGGUGCAUGUCCACAUAUCAUUGACUAUUCUGUAAUAUGCAACGGCACAGCUAGUUUUUAUUGAUUUGGAUAACGUUGAGGUAUAGUCAACAUCUUGAUCACAACCUAGAUACAUAUGAAAAAAUUAAUUUAAAAAGAUUAUAGUAUUUCAAACAAAGAAAAUAUAACUUUUAAUGAAAAAAUCUAAUUAUAAAAAGAGAUUUAUUCUGUAAUAUAUUAUUAUGAUUAUUCUUAUUAUUAUUAUCAUUAUUCUUCUUAUUAUCAUUAUUAUAUUAAGGCAACUUUGUUCCUUUCAUUGCAAUUGCUUUGUGUGUUCAAUGCUAGACCUUAUCUAUAGCAGUAGCAUUUUAAUAGACAGCUGUAGGUGCCUGCCAGGACAAAAAAAGAAAAUUAUUAUUUUCUCAUCUUUAGUGGAAAAAAAUAAUCUGUUUUUUGAAAAUGAAGAAAACAUUGAGGAAGACUCCAGAUUUCCCAUGGUGCUCAGCUAAGAGGAAGAGGGGGCACAUCAAGACCGCUUCCUCUUUUGAGCGCCCAUCAAGGUGACACUUCUGUUUUUCUCUCAUUAGUAUGCAUCAUAAUGGCUUCACAAAGAGCUUUGCUUGUUGUUUAUCUUGUGAGUCUUGUUUAUGUGCGCAGUGCCAAAUGCCUGGGCAGGGAAGAGGUGAUGUUGGGUUGGGGAGGUGGGGGGGCACACCCCAGUCUGCCCAGACCCUGAAGCUUCCUUAUAUUCACGGUGACCGGGUGUAAACUCUGCCCCAAACCCCCCCAGGGGCGAGCUGAACCUGGGAAAAAUAAUCUUUUAUUUGAUCAACUAUUUAAGAAAAUAAAAAAGAAAGAAAAGAAACAGCUUCUUUAAGUGCUGACAGCCUUUUUAACCAACUUCACAAAAAAUGUACAGAAAAAAUAAGAACCAUAUUGUACAGAUAUAUGUGACCAGCACUCCUAAGGAAAUUAUUAAGCAAUGAGGAGACAUUGAACAACGCUGUACUAUAACAUUUUCUGUAAUGAUAUGAAACUGAUGAA